AUGAAAUUCGCCACGAUCCUGCUGCUUUUGGGCUUGUUGGGCUGUGUGGCCGCGAUUGGGAUUCGGCCGACCCAGAAGAUCUCCGUCUCCGGGAAGUUCAUUUGCAAGGGAAAACCCGCGAAAGGAGUGGUAGGUUGAGAAGAAAAUUGGGCGAAAUUUAACAAAUUCGACCAAAGAUCGUACUAUCAGGCUGUCGGGAAAAUAAUGAGCACAAUCUCGCUGGGCCAAUCGUGUCGCUGAAGUGAAAAGCAAUUUGAUUUUUUCACUAAAAACAGUGCAUCUUGAACUUUUUCCCACGCUUGUCGCCAACGCACAGUGCAUUUUGAACCCUUUCCCACCCUUGUCGCCAACGCACAGUGCAUUUUUCUCUUUUCGCACAGUGCAUUUGAACUUUUUCCCACGCUUGUCGCCAACGCACAGUGCAUUUUGAACCCUUUCCCACGCUUGUCGCCAACGCACAGUGCAUCUUUCUCUUUUCGCACAGUGCAUUUUGAACUUUUUCCCACGCUUGUCGCCAACGCACAGUGCAUUUCGAACAUUUUCCCACGCUUGUCGCCAACGCACAGUGCAUUUCGAACUUUCUCCCACGCUUGUCGCCAACGCACAGUGCAUUCUUUUCUUUUCGCACAGUGCAUUUCGAACAUUUUCCCACGCUUGUCGCCAACGCACAGUGCAUUUCGAACUUUUCGCACAGUGCAUUUCGAACUUUCUCCCACGCUUGUCGCCAACGCACAGUGCAUUUUUUUCUUUUCGCACAGUGCAUUUCGAACAUUUUCCCACGCUUGUCGCCAACGCACAGUGCAUUUUGAACCCUUUCCCACGCUUGUCGCCAACGCACAGUGCAUCUUUCUCUUUUCGCACAGUGCAUUUUGAACUUUUUCCCACGCUUGUCGCCAACGCACAGUGCAUUUCGAACAUUUUCCCACGCUUGUCGCCAACGCACAGUGCAUUUCGAACUUUCUCCCACGCUUGUCGCCAACGCACAGUGCAUUCUUUUCUUUUCGCACAGUGCAUUUCGAACAUUUUCCCACGCUUGUCGCCAACGCACAGUGCAUUUCGAACUUUUCGCACAGUGCAUUUCGAACUUUCUCCCACGCUUGUCGCCAACGCACAGUGCAUUUUUUUCUUUUCGCACAGUGCAUUUCGAACAUUUUCCCACGCUUGUCGCCAACGCACAGUGCAUUUUGAACCCUUUCCCACGCUUGUCGCCAACGCACAGUGCAUCUUUCUCUUUUCGCACAGUGCAUUUUGAACUUUUUCCCACGCUUGUCGCCAACGCACAGUGCAUUUCGAACAUUUUCCCACUCUUGUCGCCAACGCACAGUGCAUCUUUCUCUUUUCGCACAGUGCAUUUUGAACUUUUUCCCACGCUUGUCGCCAGCGCACAGUGCAUCUCUGUGCAAAGCCAAAGAAAAGUGAGUGCACGGUGCAAGAAGUCGCGGAUUUUUGUGCACGGUGCGGACCGCGACAAAUGUCCAGGCACUCUGUGAAAUGCACGGUGCAAACCGCUCGUUUGCACCGUGCACUUUUAGUUUUUGCACUGUGCCCUCAAAACAUCGCCGGAUUUGCACUAAAAAAUCGCACUGUGCAAAUCAAUUUUUUUCGAUUUGCACUGUGCGAAAAGACAAAAUGCACGGUGCGGCUGGAGUAAAAGGGGAAAGCGGUAAAAUGCACAGUGCGCUGGCGGCAAAAAAUGGGGAAAAAGGCAAAAUACAGGAAUUUUCGACCAAAAAUUUUUCUGGCCAAUUCGACCGGUCGUAUUCACCAAUUUGUCCGGUCACUUUUCCAACAUUGAUUGAUAACAUUUUUGACAAAAAAUAAUGAUAUGAGCUAUGAUUUUCGUAUUUUAAAAAUGUUUUUCGAUCAAUUUUUUAUUUUAUUUUUCAGAAAGUCAAGUUGUACGAUCAUGACACCUUCACCUUGGACGACUUGAUCGGCGAGACCAAAAGCGAUGCCUCCGGCGCUUUCCACAUCUCCGGAAAGGCCCAUGAAGUCACUCGAAUCACCCCUAAACUCAAUGUGUAAGUCAAAAAAAAAUAAAAAAAAAUUUUAAUAAAUUUUAAAAUUUAAUAAAAAAAUUAAAAAUAAUAAAAAAAUAAAAAAAUGCAAAAAAAAAAUAAAAAAAAAUAAAUAAAAAAUGUAAAAAAAAUUACAUAAAAAAAAUUUUUUUUAAUAAAUUUUUUUAGCUACCACAAAUGCGGAAAGUUGAUCCCAAUUUGCGACAACAAGUUCUCCAUCGAAAUCCCAAAGCGCUACAUCGACUCUGGAAGCACAUUCGACGCCGGCACUCUGAAUUUGGAAGGCAAUUUUCCCGGGCAAUCCACUGACUGCCUCAACUAA